AUGGAUUAUUACGAGGCCGGAUAUCAGUUUCGUGUCCAUCACUCUGAUAUGGUCACAGAUGAAGAGGACUCUCGAGAUUCCGGAAUGAACAAGACAUUCGACAUGGAGAAUCUUUGUGAAUUGAAAAUCGACGAGCUGUGUUCUGAUUUGAAUGAUAUCGAGAAUCGAGCAGAUCAAUUUCUGAGAAGACGGAUCAAAGCAAAUCGAGGCGAUGCUUCGACAUCCUCUACAGUCUACAAUAGUGAUUGCAUGAUAUCCCAAACACCCAUUUUCAAUCGACAUUUAAGCAGAAAGCGCAAAUGUGGACAACAGAUUGAAUAUUGUGAACGUAUCAAGAAGACUAAACUCUUGACUCAUACUCAGGAACAACAAACUGAAAUUCAUCUAAAUAAGAACCAAGAGCUUUGUCAUCCUCUGAAAGCAAUCGCCACUGCAAAACCAUUCCAACGCGCAUUCUCAACAAGUGCAAUCGAAACGUCGUCGUCUUCACGCCAUCAUCUCUAUAAUACGUCUCAAAACAAUGAAUUUGAACUGCCAAAACUGCUCGAAGUGGUUAGCGCUCUCAAUUCUAUUCAGUUCAAUCGUUUACCCGCAAUAUUCAGCAUCUCAAAAUGA